AUGACUGUCAAUUACCACAGAGCCGCUUCAACAAGUAGGCCAUGGACAUUCUUCAAAUUACUUUUCAAAUGGAAAGGUAGCAUAUGGAAAGCCGUCUACAUGGAGCUUAUAUGCUUUUUGAUCAUCUAUGGGAUCAUUUCUGUCAUCUAUCGCUGUGCUCUCAGCAAAUCGCAACAACUGAAUUUCGAAAGAGUCGUGAGAUAUUUCGAUGCCCGGCUCGACUACAUCCCGCUGGAACUUGUACUUGGCUUUUUCUGCACUCAGGUGUUCAACAGAUGGAAUAAGCAGUACGAUACGAUUGGCUUUAUCGACAAAUCUGAACAAGCUCGAAUGUACAGGCGAAACAUUCUCCGCUAUUGCGAAUUAGUUCAGGUGCUUGUCUUUCGAGACGUAAGUAUGCGAGUCAGACGGCGAUUUCCUACGCUAGACACGAUCGUCGCUGCAGGUUUCAUGCUACCCCAUGAAAAAGAGAUAUUCAAGUCAUACAAUGGCUCCUCGCCGAAAUAUUGGAUACCGGCCAACUGGGCACUUGCCAUGACAUAUCAGGCUUGGAAACAUGGUUAUAUCGAAAGUGCUUACUACAAAGUUACGCUUCAAGAGGUCGUUUGUUUGGCCGUACAUUUUUACUUCCUCGUCUGCAUAUUCGCGCGUCAACAAAUCGUGGUUGAACAUGAGUUCAAAACUGAGGUGGAUACGUACUUUCCAAUAAUGACAGCAUUACAAUUCGUAUUUUAUAUGGGAUGGAUGAAAGUGAUUGAAGCCGUUAUCAAUCCUUUGGAGAAGAUGAUGACGAUUUUCGAAACCAAUGCUCUCAUAGACCGAAACAUCACGAUGGGCAUGAUGAUAGUCGAUCAAGGAUAUGAUCGUCCCCCGGAACUACGCCGUGAUCCCUUUUGGGACUCCGUUCAUCCACUCUACUCUGAAGAAACGUCACGUAUUCCUAAUAAUGUACCGCAAGGAUCUGUUAGUCACGUAAAGUUGGCCAGUUCUGUGUCUGAGGUAGUUAUGAUGCCACAUUCUCGAGCUGAAACAGGAAACACUCCAGUAUUUUCCACUGGAGCUUCCAUUCGUAAGAGUAAAAACGUCAAGGUUAAAGACGACGAACGUUACAAACCACGACAACGUGAAGAAUCAAUGAUCUUCAGAAGAGUCAAGUUCGCACUCAACAAGUACGAAUUCUUUUUCUACAUCUGA